AUGGCCUCACCAAAAGCCGUCGUUCUCGUCACAGGCGCCAACCAGGGCAUUGGCUACUGCAUCGCGCAGCAGCUCGCGAGCUCCGGCAAAUAUAAAGUUCUUGUCGGAGCGCGCUCCUCGUCGAAGGCUGAGGCCGCAGUUCACGCGCUGCACGCAGAGGGAAUUGACGAAACGAACUUGAUGCCAAUUCCCCUUGAUGUGACCGAUGACAGUUCCAUCGCAGCGGCCGUCCAGGCGGUGUCGAACCAGGCUGGCCAUCUGGACAUCUUGAUCAAUAACGCCGGGCUUGGAACGUCGACUGCAGCUACCACCCGAGAACAAUACCGCGAGAUCUUCGAGGUCAACGUCUUCGGAGUAGCAGCGGUGAUAGAUGCGUUUUUACCACUGCUCAAGGCGUCACCUUAUUCGGAUCGUCGCAUCGUGAACGUCACAUCCGGCGUCGGGCUGACCACGAUGGCGAAUGAGGAGGGCUUCGAGUACAACGCCAAAUCUUACUACGUUCCUGAUUACCGCAGCAGCAAGGCUGCAGUCAACAUGAUAACGGUUGCCAUGUCUGUCAAGUUCGCCGAGUACAAUAUCGCCGUCGUCGCGGCGGCGCCUGGCAUGUGCCGCACUCGAUUCACUGGCGGUUACGGCAUGAAAGAUGCAAGCGAGGGUGCCAAGGCUAUCGUGCGAGCCGCUACAGAAGGAGACCCCAAAAAGCUCACUGGCACUUUCGUUGCUGAUGAGCCACAUACGGGCUGGUAA